AUGAACCUGUUGUACAAGGACGCCAAAGACGAAAGCCCGCGCUCGCGUCGACUUCGAACCAGAGGGUAUAAGGCUAAAAGGAGGGAGUUCCUCGAAAGUCUGCGAGGAAUCCUGGAGGAGCUGCAGGUGUGGGUCCGCCACCACAACAAGGGCAAGGCCGGCGGCAAGAAAGAAACGAAGUUGUACACCCCCUUCCAGUCCUUCGUUCACUUUGUCGCCCCAUUUGUCAAGUUCCUCUUUGACAAACUUGGUCUCGGUACGCUUUUCCCUUCUGUCGUUCAUCAGCGCUGCAUCAUCUGCUAUCCGAAGACGAACAGAAAGCCCCUAUGUGGCGACGACGACCGCAAGAUUGACAUCGGGUUGACCACCUGUCGACCUGGCGAUUUGGAAGAGCAGCUGCCUGAUAUGUCCUAUGCAGAUAUAUUCGCCAUUGUCGAGGCAAAGUACUCAAACACCCGCAAGGACAAGAAUGACGCAUACAAGCAGCUUGUGGACUACUCGCGCCACAUGUAUGCCCCAGCCGAAUCGCCGCUUUAUUCUGGGACAGACCUCCUGUGGAACUGA